CUCUUGACUGUGAAAGCCAGGUCUGAUUUGAUAAUGGUGAUGUAAUGAUUAUGAAUAGUCAAGUGUUUACUGCUUCUGGGAUGUACAUGUGCAGUGACAUUGUUUCAUGGGGAAUGAGCAAGGGAUGUUUCAUCUUGUUUAUACAUGUUAUAAGCUACUGAAAUCGUUGCAUCUGAUUGGUUAAAAGUGCUUUUGCCAUUGAAAUCAAUGAGGAGGCACUUCAUGAAAAGCUCCCUGUACAUGGUGCAAUAAUAGGUAUAGAUGACGAAGAUGAUUCUACCUUCACUGUAACAGUAGACCAGAAGACGUUCCAUUUCCAGGCGCAAAGUGCAGAAGAGAGGGAGCAGUGGGUCACAGCAUUAGAAGAAACCGUCUUGAGACACAAACAAGCUCCGAAGUACGGACUGCCCCUCCCGCUCGCCACGCCCUCUGUCCAAGACUUUGAACGCAAGCUGUUUGAGGCCGACGCCUACCUACAGAUCUUGAUCGCACAGGUGGAAAGUCUGGAGGAUAGGAUCAGUAAGCUGGAGAACGCGGAAGAAAGGACUCACCAUGAGAAGUUGCGAGAAAAUGGGAAGGCUAUGAUCGAAUCAGUGAAGCAGGCCAUCGUUCUACUCCAGGUAGCAAAGAAUACAUUGAAUCCUGUGAAUGGUUUUCUUCAGCCAGAGAUGUUAUUAGAUGACGACGAUACUACCACUGCCAACGUGCCUUCACAACACAAGAAAGGUAGUCCUGAUGCGAGCAUAGACUCCGCUGAAGAAGUCUUGGAAGCACCCAUGCCUCACCGGACCCUUCACGGUCCCACCAUGGCGGCCACUGCGUCCCCCAUGACCUCUGCACCCCUCUCUAUGACCCGGCACCCCCGUCAAGAGAUCCCCGCCCUCUCCUACUCGAGCUCCGAUGAAGACGACUUCUUUGAUGCAGACGAGUACCAAGAGGGUGAAGACAAUGACAAAGUAUUCCAUAGAAAUGCUGAGAAGGUUGAGGGGAGAUUGCAGACUAGAGCAAGACAAGAUAGCUGUCCUGAAGAAAUGGACCAAGAUGCCAUUGACUGUCAGAAGCACGGUAGCAUCAUCACCCAUCUUCUCUCUCAGGUUCGUCUGGGGAUGGACCUUACCAAGGUUGUUCUUCCUACAUUCAUCCUCGAGACAAGGUCGUUACUGGAGAUGUACGCCGACUUCUUUGCACAUCCGGAACUGUUCGCAGAUAUCUCAGACAUAGAUAACCCUAAGGAGAGGAUGGUCCAGGUUGUGAGGUGGUAUCUGUCUGCUUUCCAUGCUGGCAGGCAGGGCUCCGUCGCCAAGAAACCUUACAACCCCAUCCUCGGGGAGACCUUCCAAUGCUACUGGGACCUCAAAGGAGACAGCUCAGACGAUUCAGUGAAGAAUGAAGUGCCGGACGGUCCCAUACCAUGGGCAGGAUCAGACCAAGUGUCCUUCAUUGCCGAGCAGGUAUCCCAUCAUCCACCAAUUUCUGCCUUCUAUGCCGAGUGUCCAGAUAAACAGAUGUCCAUCAACGGUCAUAUAUGGACCAAGUCCAAGUUUCUUGGUCUGUCCAUAGGAGUGGAGAUGGUCGGUCAAGCGUGUUGCUCCGACCUGAAGCACGAAGAGGAAUACAUCAUGACGUUCCCUAAUGGCUACGGUCGAUCUAUCCUUACGAUACCAUGGUUUGAGCUCGGGGGCAAGUGUACCAUCAACUGUGCCAAGACUGGCUACUCAGCACUGGUCUCGUUCCAGACCAAGCCCUUCUACGGUGGCAAGAAGCACCGGGUUGUUGCAGAAAUAAAACAUGUAUCAGAUUACAAGCCUUUUGUCACAGUAGAAGGGGAGUGGAAUGGUGUCAUGACUACCAAAGGACCAUCAGGGGAACCUAUUGUGUUUGUUGAUACGAAAGAAAUGAAGGUGAAUAGGAAGAGAGUACGACCAGUGGAUGAUCAAGACCCGUAUGAAUCAAGAAAGUUGUGGAAGGAUGUUACGGUAAAUCUCAAGACACAAGAAAUCGAAGCAGCCACCGACGCCAAACAUUUCCUGGAAGAAAGACAAAGAAGAGAGGCCAAGGAGAGAUUAGCAGAAGGAACAAAAUGGGAAACGAAGUUAUUCCACGAAGACGGUGAAUGUUGGAUCUAUGACAAUCCUCUCCUCAAGAGAACCCAAACUCAGAAAGCCAGGAGUGUGAAGAACGCCACCCCGUCCCCCCAGCACACCCCGACCCCCAAGGGCAAGCUGGGCAACCAUCAGAACGGUAUCGAUGCUGCAUCACCCAGUCGGUCUUACCCCUCCCUAGCCCCCUCCCGGGUCCCAGCCUCUGCUUCCAGCCCUCAACUAUCACCCUCUCAGGAACUCCAAGAUUUACUACAAUGAGAGUCUGAUUGAGUGUUUCUAAUAUUAGGCAUGGGAUUAAAACUCGUAAACCUCCCUCAGAGAAUGACAGCUAACCCCUUGUCAGGAGAAUGGAAUGAUCCGCGUCAAGCAUCCCACUCGUAAUUGUGGUCCGUUCCAUUUGAAGCAAAGGGGGGUCUGAGUGGAUGGAAUAUGCAUGGAUGGUACAUGUAUCUAUGCCAAAAUCCUCUGAUCUGAAAAUGGAUUGUUACAUGACCUUUGACAUUGUGUCAAAGGUCAAAUGAACUCUUGAAAUGAAAUAGUUAUUGUGGGAGCUGGCUAAAUAUUGCUUGAUAGCAUUUAUUUAUGUACCUACAUGUAUGUUGUAAUUUGUACUUGUACCUCUGAUUUGAGAGGGAUUCUGAGACUGUACCAUUUGAAGAGGGGUGUCCCAGAGCAGUGAUGGCUGGAUUCUUUUUGUAAUACACAGGUAAGUCACCCCUCUAAAGAUAAUGGAACAGUCAUGGUUGUGAUGUAUGCAAUAGUUAUUACUUGAUGAUAUCACGGUUAAAGUGAUAUUACGGUUGUACAUGUUUGACAAUACCCAAGGUAUAUAUUGACGAGCCUCGUGAUUAUGUACCCUUAUUUAAACCCACAUUUCCUUUGGAAUCUUGAUAGGUCAAAACGUUCGAUAAGCUGGUAUCUGAUGCAUAUUUGUCCUUGUUUGUUUCAGUUCUAUAUUAUUUGAUUAUGAUUAUAUCUUAUUGUGAUCACUUUCAACAUUCUGAUUCAUUUAUUUCACUGUUUCACAAGAUCAUUCUUUUUGUUGCAAGUAUUUUCUGACGUGUCACAGUAAGUAUCAAUGCAUUCCGUUUGAAAGCAGUCAAGCUAAGUUUUAUAAGUUGUAUAUGUUUAUUUGGCCAAUUGAAUUUCAGUUGUCAGUUGAUGUAUAACAGGAGUUGAAUGGAAAGAUUUUAUUGUAAACAUGUACAGAGAAAGAAUAUUUAUAUAUAUAUAUAUCAAUCAAAUUUUCAUAUGAUAGUUCCUUUAACCCUAACUAGGCCGGGCUUUUUUGGCUGUUCUGUGGCCGGGGGGGGGGGUUGAUUCAACCCCCCCCUGAGAUCUCGGCCGCCGAUCGCACGAGCGCCGCAAAAAUUUGCAUGCUGUUAGUGUGCGAUGUAAUCUACAAGGCUGUAUGGUAAAAAUUUCCAAAAUAACGAGAUUUUAUUUAAUAUUAAUUAAUUAUGCUAAUUUAUGCAUAAAUCAUACUUUUUGCUCUAAUUCACUAAAUAAAGCUCCUAGAAUGCUAAUUUUUGGUAAAAAUAUUCUUUGUAGCAUUUUUAACAAUGGCAAUUGAAAAAAACUUCGGUUCGGAAAUCAAGUUCUUAUGUAUUUUAUUGUUUUAUGAAUUUCUUAUGUAUUUCUUUGUUUUUCAACCUUUUGUUUUUCUUUGUUUUUUUCACCAGAUUUAUUGCACAACCUUUUUGAAGCAUUAUUAUACUAAAAUCAAUUGCUUUCAGCUGUUUAAAGUAAAAAUAAUCUUAUCUUUAUGAAUAAGAUGAGAAAACUUAAUUUGCAUUGACUUUGUACACAAAAUCACGUUUUGGAACAAUUUUUGGUCUGACAUGCACUUACAAAAUGUUGCGUAAUUUCGGAACCGCGUACCCGGGCGUUGUAAAUUUGGUCUCAAAAGAUGCGCGAGACUUAAAGGUAUAAACUCUGCGAGUGGCGCGGUUAAAAAAUUUCGCGCGGCGGAAUGAUCCCAAAAAAUGUUGAGGGGGGGGGUUGAUUCAACCCCCCCCGGCCAUUUUAGGGUUAAGGCCAACGCAAACCUUACUAUUGGUCGUGACCCGAAUUUAGAAUAAAACGUAAAAUUUCAUGUGAAUAUUGAAAUAUGGCCCAUCUUACUGUAUAAAGUUCAAAAUCAUUGUAUGGGCACUUAUAUUCAAAUCUGUGACUAUACUACCAUCAAAAUUAGAAUAGGAGCGAACUGAAUAUCUAGUCAUAAUGACAUUAUAGCAAUUGAAACCAAUAUCACCUUUACUCUAAAAUAAAGGCUCUCAAUCAUCCAAAAUCAUUAUAUUAGUGUUCUUACAGUUGAUUUGGACCUCAAAUACAAACAAUUUUCAUUCACAUUUUCAGAAACUAAGUAAAAUGCGAUUUGUUCCAAAUCGAAUUGUGGACCAGUUGAAACGUACGUGGAGGCCUCUAGGUAUAUGUAUGUUCAUCCAACCAUUGUAUCUGCAUUUCCGACCUCUAUUUUCCAGCUCACAUGAAAGAUAAUGCUCUUGAGUCUCAAAUUAUCAAGGCUUGGGCAGUUCAUGAAGACAAGGGAGCAUGGAGAAAAAUAGGGGUCAGACGUAAUGAAAAAAGGUUGGAUUAUUUGAUGGAAUGGCCCGAAAUAUUCUGGAACUUGAAAUCCUUUUUUGUUAGAAGUAUUAUCUUUUGCAGCUUGUUUUGUGAGACUGUUUUCGUGUAAAGUUUGCUUACAUUUUUUAGAAUUAUAUUAAUUCUAUAGCAUAUGUUUCUAUGGGUUGUCAUUGAACCGUCAUAGGUUUUCCAUGAAACUGGCCUGCCUGUUGAUAUAUUCGCACAGCUGUUUACAAGUUACGCAUGACUGAUAACCUGUUUUUGUGCUAAAUCAAAUGUUUCAACUUUUGCCUGUUUAAAAGCAGUGGAGUGAAUUACACGUAUACCUAAUUUUUUGACAAAUAAAAAACAUUGUAUUCUGAUACUCAUAUACUCCCCCAAAAAAUUAAUCUACUAAGAUUUUGAUUUCAACAUAAUUUUAUAGGAAUCAUAUUGAUUGAGAAUAGACUGUACACAUGUGACAUCACAUGGCCUUAGAGACCGAAGCACGCCCUCACUCAGAGGACAAACAAGGUUGCUAGAGGAUACCCACUCACACACUAUCAUGUCUUACUCAAUCAAGUUCAAACUUGAGCGAUCACACAUAAAGGGUACCUUGGCAGGGUCAUCAUUUGUCCCCUUACAUGGCAUCGUGAUAGGUUUCUCAGCUGCUUAUGAUGUCAUUGCAUGAGGUGUUUCUGAUUUGGCACCAAGAGCAUUGCGUUGGUGUGUAAAGUUGUGAGUAACUAGUGAACAGCUUCACGAAACGCCACCCAGGUUCACUGCAAAACCGUUUAUUUGUACUGAAUAUAUUAUUAUUAGCUCUUCUUUAUAUUUUUCAGUCUGUAUAUCAUUUUUACUCACAUCAUACUUCAAAUUAUGUAAAGAUAAAUCAGAGAUUUAUUCACUCGUGUAACAUCUUUAUGUUGUACUCACAUUUUAUUUGUGCUGAAUAGGUAAUCAGUCUUUUAAACAUCGUCAUCAGCCUUCAAACAAGUGAACAUAUUCUUUGUGCAAUUGUAAGAGAAUGUGAUCUUUUAGAUUUGGACAUUAAAGGGAUUGUGGGGAAGGUAAAGAAACAGUUAUUGUUAGUUUUCAAAUUCUUUUCUUGUUAUUUAGGAAGAGUAUUCAUGGUAAACCGUAAAGGAAUUUAGUCACAGUAAACACAGAGUUCAUGGGAAAGACUGAACUGUACAGUCAAGGUCAAUUGUUGCCAUGGUAGAUCCAGAUCUGGGCUCCGUAACACAAAGUUUAGCGAUUAUUCGCUGAUUUGAAAGACGGAUUCUGAUUGGUUCCUAGUCAGUCUACUGAUCAAAUUGCGCAUGCAACGGCGAUCCUGAUAGGCCAUUUCAUUUAGCGAUUAAUCGCUUAACUUUGUGUUACGGGACCCAGGUUUAUAUACCUAACGGAAUUCGGUGAAAUCAUGAAAUCUAAGCUGAAGAACAAUCACACCGACAAUCGCUAAUAGUAACACAGAUAAGACAAAAAUAUGCUGUCCCAUAUUUGCUUAUCGAAAUAAAAAGACUCGCCAUCUGACUUGAAUACCAUGCUAAUUAUGCUCAUUUCUCAGCAAUAACACAUUUUUUUCCCCAGAAUCCCUUGGCACAUAUUUUUUAUUUAUACAUACAUGUACAAACACUUGGUUGGUCAUUGUAUUGGAUUCUGUUCGAAUUCAUUUUGAGAUCGUUUCCACGACUUAUGUUCAAGGUGUAAAGGUCCAUUUAAUACAAAAGAUUGCUGUCCAUGGAAUGAACUGAGCCAAUUUUUAUGGUGGUGUUUCACAAAGAUUGAAGUCUGAUUAAAUAUCAUACUUAGAUUUCCAGUAAACAUUGUCAACGUUAUUAAUGCUAGCAUUUUCAGUGCAUUGUACAAGUGAAAUGAAAUUGACAGAACACUUUACGCUCCUGGGGCCCGUAACACAAAACUUAGCAAUGAUCGUAGAACAUUUUUCUACGAUUGAUUCCAUAGACUACAAUGUACAAUCAAUCGUAAAAAUUAUGCGUACGAUCAAUCGCUAAUCUUUGUGUUACGGGACGCGGGUGAAUGUAUUAUUGUAAUGAUGCCAAUGAAACCAAGAUUUAUAAAAUCAUGUGCGCUAAUAAAAUUAUGGUAAUUUAGACUUAUUUGAAGAAAUACAUGUAGGGGGAAGUGGCGUACAUUUUAAAUACAAGUGGUUUUAUGGAGGCCAGGGGAAUGUCCAUUUACAAUAACCCGAUACAUGAAUCGUUGAUUCAUCGAUCAGUGUGAUUCUAGGGUUAAAAUAGUGCUCUAAUUUCCGCUAUCGCAAUCACAAAUGCAAGGAUUCUGUGACAAAAUUGCUCUCGACCAAUCAAAUCACUCCAUUUCAGUAGCUUACAUCUCAUGUACCGUUGCAGCUUGUAUCUUGCCGUUGAUUGAGUGUGCAUGGAACUGGGCUAAUAUUUCUGCAAGGGAUAUGAAUAGGCCCUUAGAACCCUGUUUCACAGAAAAUUUGAAUCAACAGCAAGUUACAAACACUGUUACAAGCUACUGAAAUGGGAACUGUUGAUUGGCUCAGGGCGUAUUUGUGGUAGCAUUCUAGCAGGUGUCAUUGAUAACAAACUACCGGACCCAUUCCCUUCCACGUACAGUGUACUGUACUAUUCAUAGCGAUGGCAACUUUCACGAAUUGUAGCUCUUCCGAAUAAUUACUGUCAAUGUUUGUCGGUAGAUGUUCAUAUUCUAUGAGUAACUAUUGAUGUGAUGAUUAUGUACUUGCCUGGAUAUUCAUCCCUGAAAAUGUUCAUGGAUGUUUUAAUAGGUCGUAUAAUGAAUGAUUUGUGAUUACAUCUUAUUCAUGUUUUGAUAGGCUAUACUAUGAAUGAAUUGUGGUAAAACUGUUUAUGCCAUGUUUUUGUAUAUUUCAUAAAGAGAUAUUAUUAUCACAUCAUUAUGAAGACAAAAAUAAAUUGAGCCCAUGCAAGCGGGUUUUUUUAAAUCAUGUGACGCCGAGGAAAUUGCAAGGGAAAUGAAGAGAUGCCAUGAAAAUAAAUAUGCUUGGAAAUUUCUUCAGGUCUGAGGGGUGCUUCAUAAUAAAUGUUCAUUAUUCAUUCUAUUUGAUCAUCUGCUUUCAUUCCAAAAAAGUUGAUAAGUUGGUUGAAUUUAGAAAAGUAAUGUAUCAAUGAUAAUUUGAAGAAUUUAAAGUAUGACUUGAAUUAAAAACUUUAAUAAGUGAUGGUUUGAAGUGAUGAAAGCUGAAAUUGGAUUUUCAAUUGUAAAAGGGGAUUUGAAUAUCACAAGAUCAAAGCUAAAUAUGAGGGUUGACAUUUGAUUCUAUGCCCAAAGUGCAAAGUUUUAUGCAGAGUUCUCUUUUACAGUUUAGUGAAUAUUAUUGGUAGGUAAGAUUUAUUGCACGGAGAAAGGGGAGGAGUUAUGACAUGAAUAUAUGAGCUUGGUAUGUUUUAUUUGAAAUGUGACAAGCAUCGCAGUUUGGGCUUCCUAUUGUUAAGUGCAAACAUGAUCAGACUUUAUGCAACAUUCAUGUAUUCACUUUUAUUUGUUUCGACGAAAUCUGCACUUGACGUGAAAGCUUGCCUGAGGUGACCUGAAAUGACAGGUAGCGAUUCCUACAACAGAGUAAGCGUUAAUGUCAAGUUUUCUCCAACAAGCCCCUUAUCUAUUUAUCAUGUCUACGGGAAGACGUAUUGUAUCGGUAAUUUCGAUGGCUUGUCCAUUAUUGCUUUCCUCUCUCUAAGGUUCGUUCAAGCAAGUUUCUUAAUCCAGAAUCGCAAAUCAGAACAUGAUUACUGCAAGAGAGCAUUCAAGCAGUUUUACGGCAAUGCUGUCUCUUCCUCGUUAGAUAUAGUACUGCAUGCAUGUACGAUACUGUGAAGUUUGACCUACAUGUGUAGGAAGAAUAAUUGUACAUGUACAUGUACACGUAGGUCAACUGGGAGCUCAUGUACGAAUUAAAAUCGCUAAAACGUGAUCGCUGCACAAUACCGGCAGUGUUCAAACGGUUUUACAGCAAUGCCGAUUCUUCCUCAUUGAAAGACAUGGCACUGCAAGCCAUAUUGUGGUGUUUGACCCAAGAAGUACUUCUUCUACACUAUAUGUAUGUCAAUUGGUAGUGUAUGCAGUGCGGGUCUGAAUGGAAAACUGGCAACAAGAUCACAAGGUCCGAACCAUGAACGUGCUUAAGUAAUUUUUGAGGCAACCAUGCUGCAGUUUCAUGUUUAUACACUUUACAGUACCAAAGAAACCUUUUUCAAUGUUUCUUAUUUUGAAGUCUAAAAGAUGGCAGAUGUAACUGUCAACAUAUCACGUAAACGCAGGGUUCCCACAGUCAUGGAAAAUCCUGGAAAAAUUUGUGGUCAUGGAAAGUCGGGGAAUUUGAAAAAUUUGCGAAAAGUCAUGGAAAAGUCAAGGCAUUGCAUUUACCUCUUGGCUAUGGCAGCUUUCCAUUUUUUUGUCUCUCGUAACUCUCAUACUCUAUUAUAAUUGGUGUUCAUGAUUUCCAUUUUUUCCCAAUUUUGUGACAUCCCUAAUUCUACAUAGCUGACGGGACGUCAUAGGAAGUCGUGGAAAGCAGCAAUUUAGUCAUGGAAUUCUGUUUUCAAAUUUCUGUGGGAACCCUGUAAACGCAACCAUGUUCUGGACAAAAACGUUUUUGAAAAACGUGAUUGUGAGGUGAAAAAUGCUUGUUUGAAUGCAACCCAAUAAGAAUGUAAUAAUGGAAGAUUAUGAAGAGAAACACACAACUCAGGAUGAGUGUAGAGAUUAAUUGGAGGCUGACUGGGUUCGUAGAGGUAUAUGUUAUUCAAAUAAUAUGAUAGGUAUAUGAUGAGAAUAUUGAAAUAAAUGUGAAUUAAAAUGCAGAAAUGUUG